GCUAGCUCUUGCCUGCGCCGGCGAUUUUUGCACCACGAGCGGGCUCUGCAGUGCGUCUGUUCCUUCAAGGCCGCAGCGCUGCGGAUGCUAGGCACUUAAAUUGCACAGGUGCAAACGAGUGCACAGCAUCAUCGCCACCAGCCCUGCAGCAUGAAUGCACUGGUAGAGAGCCUCUUGGCACCCGCACCCGAAGUCGACCCCGAGGACGCGACGAACUUCGACGACGGCACCGCUGCGCGGACGUCAACGGGUUUCAAGGCGGGCGAGGACCUGGCCGUGAUCCCCAAGCGGCGCCUCGUUGAUGAUGGAGAGGCCCCCGUGGGCCUGGCGAAGUCGUCGCGCGCGGAGUUGUUUGACGACGGACUCGAUAGUGGCGACGACGACGUGGUCGCUGAGGACGACGACGACAUCGACGAAGCGAUUUACGGUGACGACGACAACGACGAGAGCGACGAGAGCGAUGAGCCGCAAGCGACCCGGCAGAUGAGCGUCUUCAGCAAGACGGACGACGGCGUCGACGAUCUGCUGGACUCCUUCGACGCCGAGGACCAGGCGGGCGCCGCGAAGGCCGCGGAGAAGGCACCCGCGAAGACCCGAGCGGCGCGCUGCGCUCGCGCUCACGCCGACUUGGAAGCGGACGUCUUGGAGUUCCGGGUGUUGCUGGAAGGGGCGCUAAGGGCGGCAGCAAAAGUAGAACCGGGCCAAUGCGACCCCGACGCGGCGGCGGCGUGCCAGCAGCUCUGCGCCGCGUUCUUGGAGCUGCGCGACGCGGCGUCGGGCGUCGAAGAGCGCGAGCGGGACAUCGCCGACGCCGACGCGUUGUGGGAGGAAUUAGAAGAGGGUCACCGGCAGAAGCGGCCGAAGUGGGAGGCCGCGGCCGAGGCGUGGCGAAGGAAGACGCAUCUCGGGGCGGCGCAGGCUUCCAUGGGGCUGAAAGCGACCAAUUUGGGCCCCUUCGAACAGGCGCGCCUCGCCGCGACGCAGGACGAGGAGCGCGCGCGGAAGAAGAUGCACCCGAAGAGGCCCGACGGCUCGCCGAACGUCGAGUUCUACGACGACGCCGGCUUAUACAAGGCGUGGCUCCGCGACUACGCGUCCCGGAGCGGUUCGCGCAAAGGCGGCAGCGCCGUGCCAAUGCAGCAGCGCUCCUCGGGCGGCGGCGUGUCUCGAGGCUCGAAGGGCCGCGGCCUGCGCUUCGAGGCCCACGAGAAGCUGAAGAACUUCAUGUUCCCCGUGCCGCGCGCGCCGCCGCCGGUGGACGUUGAUAUGCUGGUGGCGAGUCUGUUUAAGUAAGGAUAUUGUCG